AUGCCAGGCUCUUCUCUCUGGCUGACGCCACCACCCACUCACCCCCUGCAGGCGGUCAUCACCAAGCUCAUCGAGACGACCCUCCCAGCCCACUUCCCGGACGAGUCCCCGCGCCCGCCGGUCUUCGCCCCACACCUGACCCUCACGUCGGGCAUCGACCCCAGCAUCUACGGCGACCAGCCCCAGAAGUGGCUUGACAGCAUCCCGUUUCCUACGGCGUCGAAUGUAGCGAUUCGCUUUGAGCGUGUCAAGACGCAAGACUUCUACUACCGGAGAUGCUACCUCAAGUGCGGAUUUGACGGCGCCAAGGACGUCGCGGCUAUCGCCAGGGCGCGUGGUGUCGAGGGGGAAGACGAGGUUGGGCCGAAGACGAAGGCGUGGCUUUCUGAGUGGAAGGAGGCUUUUGGGCCUCAUGUUAGUCUGAUUGGUGAUGUGGCCAUUGACGAGGCAAAGCUGAAAGCAAUCAAAGAUGCCGUCAAGGAGUCUGGUGUCAAGCUAGGGGAAACGUCUCACGAGAUGGGAGGUUGGCAAGGCGGCAUAGUGUGGCUUGUGCCAACGGAGAGAGGCAUUGAAAAUUGGAAGCCAAUCGCGACUAGGACUUUGUGA